CGGCCCCGCAGGCUCGCCGCCGCCAUCUUUGUUAGGGGCAGCGGGGCCUGGCGUCUGGAGAUGCCGAAGUCGUGCGCGGCCAGGCAGUGCUGCAACCGCUACAGCAGCCGCAGGAAGCAGCUCACCUUCCACCGGUUCCCGUUCAGCCGCCCGGAGCUGCUGAAGGAAUGGGUGCUGAACAUUGGCCGGGGCAACUUCAAGCCCAAGCAGCACACGGUCAUCUGCUCCGAGCACUUCCGACCCGAGUGCUUCAGUGCCUUUGGAAACCGCAAAAACCUGAAGCAGAAUGCCGUGCCCACGGUGUUCGCCUUUCAGGACGCCGCACAGGUGUACUGAGUCCCGGAGUGCGGGUGUCACCCGGGCACCUCUUCGGACCCGGAAGGCAAAGCGGCGGUGGAGCAAAGAGCAAGGCCGCCAGGUCCCUGCGCUGCUCGAUCGUCCUGGCAGCGAGAGGCAAGGCUGUUACAGGGCUGGUGAGGGAGAGCACGGACCCGGCAGGCGGGGCUGCAUAUGCAGACGGUCGCAAGGAGGAGGUCAUCCCUGAGGUGGGGCGGGCAGAGUGCGGCCUGGGGAGGACGGACGGCGCCCUCGAAGCGCCGCCCCCGAAUGCUGGCGGUCCCACUGAGCAGGUCCUGCCGCCGAGACCGCAGGGAACCCCGGUCCCCAGGCAGCCGGCUGGCCCCGCGCAGCCGUCCGAUCACAGCUAUGCCCUCUUGGACUUAGACGCCCUAAAAAACAAACUCUUCGUGACUCUGAGGGAGAACGAAAAGCUCCGAAAGCGCUUGCGGGCCCAGAGGCUGGCGAUCCAGAGGCUGUCGGGCCGCCUGCGGGCCCACAGGCCGGGACAGCUGGGAUCCCGGGCCAGGCUGCGGCUGGAGCCAGAGAUGAGCCGCGCAGCCAGGUUUUCUCGUCCGAGCCUCGGGGCUCGGACCAUGGACCCCGCUCUCCCGCCGCUGACACGUCAAGGGACCGUGAGGCGGGCCAGGCACACCCCCGCCACCUCGGGGGACGUGUAGCUGCAUCGGCUGGGACAGGACAGAUCCGGGAGUGUGUGGAACUGGGUCCUUCCGGAGGUGACUGGGGCAGCUGGCUUUUCUUGGAGAGCUGGGCGGGGGUCCUCAACCACAGCGUCAGGUGGUGACCUGGCCAGUGUGGGGUUGCAGCGCAUUUCCUUGAGGGGCAGCCGGGCCAGGGAAGGACAUGAGAACGGGUGACAGUGGCGCCCAGGCGGCAGGAGGGAUACACUGUCGCCUGGAUGGCGGGCUCAGAGCGGUGGAGCCCCCCAUCCCGGCCUGCUGUGAGCGACAGACCGAAUAAAGUGUCUUCCUCCACUGCA